AUGUAUCCGUUCGUUCUCCCUUUUUAUACUCUCUUGGCUUUUUACACUCCCCUUCAUAUUUUAACCUUAUACUUCAACUUCUUAUCCUCCCCUUUUUUCACUUCCCCUUCCUCCUUUUUAUCUUCCCAUUCUUCCUUUUUAUUCUCCCUCUCUUGGCUUUUUCACUCCUCUUCACUUUUUAACCUCAUCCUUCAACUUUUUAUCCUCGCCUUCUUUUCACUUUCCUUGCUCCUCCUUUUAACCUCACCAUCCUCUUUUUCAUCUUUCCUUACGUCUCUCCUCAUCCUCUUCCUUUUUUGUCAUCUUCUCCGCCUCCUACUACAACGAAUGCUAACCUCGUUUUCGUUAAUCUUGGCAUGUUCAGACAAAUUAACGUCCAUCCGGACCACGGUUCGGACAAGUCAUUUGGCAAUAAUGUUUCGUCGUGACGUUGUGUCGUCUGGGAUGACGCCACAUGACAUCUGCCUGUCAGUUUACCUCUCCAUCAAAGCUGAUUCCCUGUCAUAG